AUGGCUGGAGAUCCCAAGAGUAGCAAUGCCAUGAGCAAUAUGAAAGGUGGUGGUCGAUAUAACCUUCAUAUGGAGAAUCUUCACAUGGAUAUCUUACAAAACAUACUUUCUCGAUUAUCAUUCGGAGAAUCUUUAUAUGCUAGGCGAGUAUGCAAAACUUGGAAAACACUCCUUGUUGAUAGAUGGUGUAUCAAGCCUGGUUUCCUUUUCGCGUUCAAUGGGCUUGUAAAGAUCGAAACCAAAAUCUGCUAUGGAGAACGGUAUGAUGAUGAUGGUGAUAUUAUUGAUGAUAGUGGUGAUGUUAAGAAGAUGAAUUACUACUACACUCAUGAAACACUCACACGGGUCGAACAUGAAAGCUUUUCUAAUUUUAUUGAUUGCGAGAUUACUAUCCUUGUUGGAUCAUGCAAUGGUUUGGUUUGUUUCAAAAGAUAUGAACAUGGAAAUCCAUUCUUGAUUAUCAACCCUUUAACAGGAGAAUCUGUUUUUCUUCCGGAUAUCGAUUACACGAGCCCCUUGGAUACUAAAAAGAUAUCCUGGGGGCUGGCAGAAAGCACAAUAUGUAGGUUUGGUUAUUUUCAGUCGACCAACGAUUACAAGGUUGUUAAAAUUUGUUACAGUAAUGACCGAGUGAAGCAAGAUCAAGUCCAACUGUUCACUAUUGGCACUGAUAAGUGGAGAAGCUUAGGAUCUAUUGAUCACAGGUUAGGUUCAAACUCCUCGGAAUCAUUCUCUGGUAUCUUUGUCAAUGGAGCAAUUCAUUGGAUUGACGAAAUAGAAUAUAAAAUCGUCGCCUUCGAUUUAGUAUAA